CAAACCCACUAGUAGUUCCGGAGAAGUCGUGGCGAGUGGACAUAUGCGAGUGCGCUCUCCGGGGCCCCCUGUGUGAACCAUGGUGGAUGUUUUAUUCUGUCACGAAUUGAACCUGAACAAAAUGGCGCCUCAGGUCACCGCCAUGGCCCACGUCAACACCAGUGCCACCGUCAACACCAGUGCCAAGCUGUGCAGGUGUAAUGAUAACGAUAAUAAUGAUAAUAACAAUAAUAGUGAUUUAAAGAGACUGAGCACAAUUCAGCCCCCCCCCCUGCGCCACGCCCCCCGCCGCCCCCCCCGCAGCUACAUGGCAGAGGUGAGGGUGUACUGGGGUGUGUUGGAGUGUGUUGAGGUGUGUUUAGGGUGUGUUAAGGUGUCUGGGGUGUGUUGGAGUGUGUUGAGGGUGUACUGGGGUGUGUUGGACUCUGUUGAGGUGUGUUGGAGCGGACGAGCGCAGGACGAGACUUACAGAGUGGGCAGUGUGCUUGGCAAGGGCGGGUUUGGCACAGUGUAUUCAGGAUGGCGUGUUCGUGACUCGCUUCCCGUGGCGAUCAAGCAAGUGGCCAAAGCUAAGAUCACUGCCUGGGAGAUGGUGGGCGGGCGGCGCGUACCCCGUGAAGUGGCGCUGCUGUUAAGAGUGUCCCAAGUCACACACGUGGUAAAGCUCCUGGAUUGGCUGGAAAGAGAUGACUCGUUCCUCCUCGUGUUUGAGCGUCCAGAGCCUUGUCAGGAUCUGUUUGACUACAUUACAGAGAGGAAGAGUAUACCUGAGGGCGAGGCGCGGCUUCUGUUCAAGCAGGUGGUGGACAUCGUGAGGGAGUGCCACAGUGCCGGGGUCAUCCACAGAGACAUCAAGGACGAGAACCUCCUAGUGACACAAGACAACAAAGGCAGAACGACCCUUAAACUCAUCGAUUUCGGGUCCGGCGCGCUACUGUCAGACAAAAGCUACACGGACUUCGACGGCACCAGGGUCUACUCCCCGCCAGAAUGGGUCCGCCACAGUCAGUACGAGGGUGUUCCCGCUACUGUGUGGUCCCUAGGGAUACUUCUCUACGAUAUGGUGUGCGGGGACAUUCCCUUCGAGCACGAUGAGCAGAUUGUCUCCGGCCGUGUGUCCUUCCGUGUCGAGGUAGGUCCUGCGGUCAAGCACUUAGUCCGCUGGUGUCUACGAAUGCGUCCCUGCGAGAGGCCAUCUUUAGACAGCAUCCUCCAGCACCCGUGGAUGCGAGGUGUGGGCGUGGGUGUCGGCGUGGGUGUGGGUGUGGGUGUGGGUCAAACUGGUGGUGGUGGUGGUAGUGACAAGUCCUCGACCGCCUCUUCCCAGGGUUCUCUUUGAUGGAGGCCCCCUGUGUUAGAUGUCUUUGGUGUUGUACCCUAACGAACCACCCCCGCCCUAC